UCGCUUCCCCUUUAAGAAAGUGACAGCAACAAGCGGCGGAGGAGCUGGUCAGGAACUGGCCAGGAGCGGACCACAGCGCACUGCAGGAAUCUCAAACUUUUCCCGAUACUUUAUUUUCCUUGGAUAGCGAUUUAGUUCCGUUACAGAUACUCGUCUUGUUGGAAUAUUAGAUCAUAGUUUGAAUUGUGUUUGUUUCGGGAAAAUUGGAUGGUGCAGAUCACUUGUAGUAGGGAAAAGUUGUGUAGAAAAAACUUGUGAAAGUGAUGCCCGUUCCACUGCAUCCCUCCCUCCAAAGUAUAGCUACGGUGGCUAACGUGAGCUAGCUAAGAAUUUUGACAUAAAAAGCGACUUUGAUCAACUAUUACUGACACAUGUGUGGAUACAGUAAGUUAAAUGGCAAGCGUGUACAGUGAAUUCAUCGUGUUUAUCUUCGCCUUCCUGUCUUAACCUGCUCACCUAGCAGUAUCAAGCUAAAAGGAUUUAGCCAAGCGCGGCUAACACACGAACCGUCCAAGUUGGACAACGUUGGGCAAUGUAAAUAGAUAGAAAUGGCGUGCGAUGAAAAGCGUUUAAUUCACAGCAUUUCCAUGUAAAAUCGUGGCAUGUUGGACAACUUUUCUGGGUUUAUUUUGGAUACAAUUUGCAUGAAAUUGCUGGACUGUGUUGGAUUAUUUGGCGCAUACCUUUAUAGAAGCAAUCAGCGGUGCACACUGCCAGAGGUAUUAGUGGAUGAGAACUCAUUCAUCUACAACAUUUCAGAUACUCCAGUUUUGCUUGGACUUCUUCAGAGCUGACCUGAGUUUUGGAUGAAGUUCUGUGUGCCAUGAUGAAGGUGACAGUGAGCUUUGGGCAGACGGGGAUUGUGGUCCCCUGUAAAGAGGGAUGGACUGUGAGGGACCUCAUUCAACAAGCAACACAGAGAUACAAGAAACUACUGGAACAGGAGGGAGAGUUCCUUGUUCGGACACACCAUCUUGAAUACUGCGAUGGAGGGAUUCUUGACCCUGACGACACCCUCAGCGAUCUGGUAGAAGACAGAGACAAGCUGAUGGCAGUGUACGAGGAGCAGGAGGCUCAGAGGACCACCCCAGACCCCGGUGUCAGUCCCAGUCCUGAACUGUACCACUCAGAGCUUUCCGUGUUUCAGCCAAUCACAGGAGGCGAGAUUGAAGUCACCUCCUCUGCUCUCAAAUCGAACACCCCCCUGUUGGUGAGAAGCAGCAGUGACUCCGCCCUCAAUCCUCCAUCCACAGAGAGCGGGCCCUCUCUUCCAGAAGACCCUACUCCUAUGAUUGCCGGUCCUGCUGUUCCUGCUACAGACCGCUUCUACAACAAGCACGCAUUUAACACGAGCCUUACGAGAAUGGUGGAGAUCUUGGGCGAGGACAGUCCUUUGGGUAUCCAUGUUGUCCCAUACUGCUCCUCCCUUAGUGGACGGCCUCUGGGUUUGUUCAUCCGUGGCAUUGAGGAGGACAGUCGGAGCAGAAGGGAGGGACUUUUUGUGGAGGAUGAAUGCAUUGUCAAAAUCAAUACCAGUGACCUCAUGGACAAGUCCUUCAGCCAGGCCCAGGAGAUAUUUCGGCAGGCCAUGCGUUCCCCUACUGUCCGUCUGGAGGUGGUAUCAGCCUCCAACAGAGAGCGAUAUGAGAAGAGUCUGAUUGGACAGCUCUUCAACAGUACCACAGGUUCAGAGGGCAGUCCCCGGGUACCUAAAUCCAAAGACCCCCCUCCUCCUGUCAAGGCCAAACCAGUGUUCAGACCCCAAGACAGUACAACCAUGAGGAUACCAGAAGACGUUGCGCCAGCCUGUGCCCCAAGGAGCAGAAGUCAGAGCCCCCACUCCAGGAAAAGCCCAGGCUUGUCUAGUCUUGUGUCCGGUAAACGUGGAGGGAGACGACUGAGGAUUGAUUUGAAGAAAGGUUCUGAGGGUCUUGGUUUCACUGUGGUGACCAGAGAUUCUUCAGUCCAUGGUCCCGGGCCAAUUCUGGUCAAAAACAUUUUGCCUCGGGGAGCGGCCGUCAAAGAUGGACGCCUUCAGUCUGGAGACCGCAUCUUGGAGGUGAAUGGAGUUGACAUCACAGGUGUGGGUCAGGAGGAGCUGGUCACUAUGCUCCGCAGCACUCGUCAGGGAGAGAGCGUCAGCCUUGUGAUCCUAAGGCAAGAAGACAUGUUCCUGCCCCGAGAAAUGAAAGAAGAAGUACCACAUGGGCCUUACUUCAUUUCAGAGAGUGGGAAGGAGCAGCUUAUGUUUGAGAUUCCGCUGAAUGAUACGGGAUCGGCCGGACUCGGGGUCAGUCUCAAAGGAAACAAGUCCAGAGAGACUGGAGAGGACCUGGGAAUUUUUGUCAAAUCCAUAAUUCAUGGAGGGGCUGCUUAUAAGGAUGGCAGACUGCAUGUGAAUGACCAGUUGGUGGCAGUAAACGGAGAAUCGCUGUUGGGUCGCUCGAACCACGACGCCAUGGAAACACUCCGCCGGUCCAUGUCCCAGGAGGGCAAUGUCAGGGGGACUAUUCAACUGGUGAUCCUCAGAGUGCUACUGGAUCACUCCAGAGUGUCUCCAAACCGCUCCUUUGACAGUUCCUCUGGCCUGAGGAUGAGUCCAGUGGAUGGACAAACCAAUGGAAUGUUUCAUCCUGCUAUGGUCAACGAUGUGCUCUAUGGAUCUCAUGUGACCAAUGGGAGCUACACUCACAUGGAUGAGGAGGAAGAUGGAGAGAUGUACGGACAAGAGACAUCGUUCAGCAGCUCCGUCCAGCAAAACGCAUAUCUGCAUGAGAGUUUCCGAGACAACCUGAACCAAGUGUUGGCGCAGAACCCAAACCCUCGACAGUUUGUCCAUGUGAAGGCGUCGAAGAGCAUGGACCUGGGUACGCCCUUGAGCAGACAGCACACUGUUGAAGAUGAGAGCAACAUUGGGUCCAUGAGUGAAAACACUGCAGCCUCCCCGACCCCUAUGGAGCUGGGUCCGACCCUGGGCUUGAAGAAGUCCAGUUCUUUGGAGAGUCUGCAGACGGCCAUGUCGGAGGUGAAAAGGAGGAGCGACCUGCUUCCUUUCCACAGGCCACGUGCAAAUAUGGUCAGAGGAAGAGGCUGCAACGAGAGCUUCAGAGCAGCUAUAGACAAGUCCUACGAUGGACCGCCCGAGGAUGACGAUGGUGAUCCGUCAGAGCCCAGUUCAGGCCGGGAGACUCCGAACAGCUCGUCUAGACCAGGAACAGUGGAUCAGAUGGACAACAAGAACAAGAAAGACAAGAAGAAGAAGGACAAACCAAAAAAGAAAGAAAAGAUGCCCAAACCAAAAGAAAAGAAGAAAACAGAGGAGCCUGAGGAAUUCGAGAAGAAGGGCAAGAAGAUCUGGCUCCUCAGAUUUGGGAAGAAAAAGGAUGAGAAGAAAGAAAGCAAAGCCACCCUGCAGAGGCAGAAGUCUGAUCUGCUCAGUGACGUGGAGCUGGAGAAAAUGAAGGAGGAGAGAGAAAGGAUUGAGUCAAACCAUCCAGAGCUGCGUCCAAGAGACCCACUGCUGGCCCCUGCUCCCUCUUACCCCGAUGUGGAGGACGAUGACAUGGACCCAAACUACGCUCGGAUCCAGACUUUUAGAGACCGCACUGCCCCCUCUCCCUCUCAGCCACUGUCCCAGGCUCCUCACUAUAGCUCCACCCAGCAUCCCAGUGCCCGCACACCCUCUCCCCACACGCCAGCUGCCUUCACAGGCCACGGGAGUAACGGCAUGGACCCCCCUUCUGCUCUGGAUGACAACCAGAUCGAUCGAAUCUACGCCAAAGUCAACAAGCAGAGAGGGGCAGGGGCAGCAGCUCCAGCGGCUCCUGGGUCAGCAAAUGACGGUGUGGACAGGAUUCAGCAGCUGAGGAGGGAGUACCAACAGGCGUGUAGAGAGGGGAUGGUGCCUCCAUAUGAAGAUCUGGACCAGCGACGAAGAGCACAUGACAACGACCCACAAAGGAUGGGAGGCAGGGACCCCCGAAUGGUCCCGCGAUAUGAAGAAGUGGAGCGACAGUACGCUUCUCUACCCAGGAGAGGACCCCAGGAUCCAUCCGAGUACCCCAUCCAGACACAGCAGCCCUGGUCGGGACACUACCCAGGACCCCCCCAGAACCAUCAAGCAUACUCCCAAAGUCCAUCGUACCCCAAUCACAAUGUUAACCCCCAAACUCCAGCCUAUCCUAACCACAGUGCCAACUCAUCAGGCCCGUACUCUUACACAGGGGGACCAGCCUACACCAGAGACCCAAGAACUGUGGAGCCUAGAUACUACCCAAUCCCCAGCUCACAGCAGAGGGGUCCACUUAGACAGGAUGUCCCUCCCUCUCCCACUCCUCCAAUGAGAGGCCUGCGCUACGAUACGAUGACCAGAGGAGCGGUGGGAGGCGGCUAUAGGUAGAAUGUCAGACACCUGAUGCUACAAACAAAAGUUGUACAAUGGACUGAUGAAGACUUCACCAAACCUACUGAAUGCAGCUGUGUUCAUCUUACAUAUAUAUCUCUAGAGCAUCAACAACUAGCAGUGUUUCUAUUGGUAUAAUGAAUGGCCAAUGAACAAAGUCAGUGCUGUCUUAUAAUGCACUCAUACACGAUAUACUAUGCGGUACAACAUAAAUGAACUUAUCGAACACUUUUGCAGUAACAGUAAUCUUAUAAAACAAGACGUAGCACAAAUAACUUCUACCUACCUUGUUGCCUUGGUAUUACAAUGAAAACACAAAUGCACUUCCUAAACAAUUUUGUCUUGAUUGACCAAAGCAUAUUUUGACUACACAAUUGAGCUGCCUAUAUUACUUUUGCUAUUCUUGUAGUUUUUGAUAUUACCAUGCUUGCCUUUUUUAAAUGUAAACUAGAUCUUUUUAUCACCUCUGAAACUGCAGUAGCCAUAUAUCAUCCUGCACUUUUAAUAAACGGCUAUAGUUCUGCAUAUUCUAUUUUCCCCAGGCCAUUGCAUUUAAAGACUCGAUGAAAAAUGUAUUCACUUAUUUUGAUAAUGAAGAUGCAGUAAUGGCAUUAAGAAAAGUGUGUUUUGCUAAAUUUGUACAUGAACGUAAACUUCUAACACUUGAUCUGCAAAUCAGUACAGAUAUAUAAUUUCUCUACUUAUAAAGUGUUUUGACUGUCACAUUUACCAGUGAACACUCGGUACUGAAACAAUUGUAUACUUUCCAUUCAAAUUAGCUGCCUUUGUCUGUGCUA